CUUCCUUGCGACGGGGGCUAAAAAAAAAACACGAGGUAUUUCUGGACAACGGCGAAAGCCUCGUUGAUCGAAGUAAAUGCGUGCCAGAUUAAGCGGAACCGAGCUGUCCCGCUCCGAACCGGACCGUUCCGCUCGGUGGAAACGAGGCUCUAUUAUCAGUACUCCUCCGUUGGGAUACCAAGAAGUGGAGCUGAAAGGUGGAGCUAAACACUGCCGUCCGUUGAUUGGGCGAUAUAAUCGUCACUUUCGGGCGACAGUGGAUAACUACCAACAAAACCAUUGCCCGCGAGGUAUCUCUUUUGCUAUCCGAUCCGUUCCGCACCCUGCACUGGAAACGCGCCAUCUGGACAACGGAAAUGUUACCCAAAGGUUCGGCUUGGACGAACCGGGAGCUGGAAACGUUCCUCUGCAUCUUAGGGGAGGAAGACGUGCAGAGGGAGCUGCAUGGGUCGGUGAGGAAUGCAAAGGUCUUCCAGCUGGUAUCCGAUAAAUUGUUGGAUGCGGGUUUCGAGAGGAACACCGAGCAGUGUCGCCAGAAAUCCAAGAAGCUCCGGGUCGAGUACCGGAAGGUGAAAGAACAAAACAACAGGAGUGGCGACAAGGGGAAGACGUGGAAAUGGUUUAACAUGAUGGACGCUAUCUACGGACACCAACUGGAGAGUAAAGGAGAAGAGAUCGACACGGCCACCUCCUUGCUGGAAUCCAAGUUAGAGCCUAUUGCCACCUCGCUACCAGCUGCAGUAAGAAGGCGAGCGACGAAGGCCUUGAGUCAGGAUUCGGCCAUCUGUCAGUGUCCAAGCCUCUCCACCCGAUUACAGGAUCCCAAUCCCACGGAGGUCUUUCUUCUGAGUCUUGCCCCCAUGCUCCAGUCCCUCGAACCCGAGAAGCUUUCAGAUACGAAAAUACAAAUUAUGACUUUGAUUCACCAAGCAAAAUUUAAUUAAAAGUAUUUCACACAUG